GGCAGCGGCCCUUUCCCUACCCAAAGACCAUGUCGGGCUCUUCCAGCGUCGCGGCCAUGAAGAAAGCGGUGCAGCAGCUGCGCCUGGAGGCCGGCGUCAGCCGCGUCAAGGUCUCACAAGCUGCAACAGACUUAAAGCAGUUUUGUCUCCAGAAUGCACAUCAUGAUCCCUUAUUGACUGGAGUUUCUUCAAGUACGAAUCCAUUUAGACCUCCAAAAGUUUGUUCCUUUCUCUAACUUGGUGUCUUUCAGGAUCUUUUAACUACUUUUCAUAUCUGUGUGUAUGGUGAAUAUGGAAACAAAGCAGAAUGGAUUGGAACCUGCACAGGAAUUUCGCCUUUAAUGUGCCACCUUAGUGCUAGUAAUACUGUUACUGUUGUCAGGCCUACUACAAUCUACCUCUAUGAACAAACUGUAUGUUAGUUGCAAUAACUUCUAUAUCAUGAGGGAAUCAGUUUUAUAUUCAGCAAUAAAGAGUUAAUAAUUUUGAAUUUUAGUAGAAA